AUGGACAAUAACUUUGCGCCAAACUCGCCGGCGCCUGCAAGCGAUCAGAACAGGCUUUUGGAUGAAGUUGUGAAUGUGGUCAAGGUGCAAGCCCACCAAAUGAAGAAAUGCUUGGACAACAAUCGUUUGAUGGACGGUCUCAAACAUUGCUCUAACAUGCUUGCAGAAUUACGUACUUCAGCCUUGACGCCUAAAAAUUAUUAUGAACUAUAUAUGGCGAUCUUCGAUGCAUUGAGACACUUGAGCAUCUAUCUCACAGAAGCGCAUCAAAGCGGACGACAUCAUUUGGCCGAUUUGUAUGAACUUGUUCAAUACGCGGGCAACAUCGUUCCACGAUUAUACUUGAUGAUCACGGUAGGAGCUGCGUAUAUGGGCAUGGGCGAUGCUCCAAUCAGAGAAAUUAUGCGGGAUAUGAUGGAAAUGUCGCGUGGCGUCCAGCAUCCUAUUCGUGGUCUGUUUCUACGCCACUAUCUCAGUGGAUUGACGCGUGAUUAUCUUCCAGAAGGUGAAAGCAAAGGACCAGAAGGAAAUGUGCAAGAAUCAAUCGAAUUCGUCCUUACAAACUUUACUGAGAUGAACAAGUUAUGGGUACGAUUACAGCAUCAAGGCCAUUCUCGCGAUCGUGAAAAAAGAGAAGCAGAGCGUAAGGAGUUGCGCAUUUUAGUUGGUACGAAUCUCGUCCGUUUGAGUCAAUUGGAAGGCGUCGAUCUCGAAACGUACAGAACGAGCAUUUUACCAGGUGUCUUGGAUCAAGUUGUCAGCUGUAGGGAUGUCAUUGCCCAAGAGUACCUUAUGGAAGUCAUUAUCCAGGUGUUCCCUGACGAAUUUCAUCUUCGUACGUUGCAACCAUUCUUAUCAGCGACCGCACAACUUCAUCCCAAAGUCAAUGUCAAGCAGAUCAUCAUUGCCCUCAUCGACCGCUUAGCAGCAUAUGCCGCGCGUGAAGCGGAUGUUGAAGUUUCUCAGGAGAAAAGACGUGCAGAAGAAGAUGCAGUGCGUCGUGCUGUCUUGGCAAAGAAACGACAAGCUAAUGGUGAACCAGAGCCCGAGCAAUCGCUGGCACCGGCAACAACUGAAGAGAAGGAGGAGAGCAAACCUGAAGUAGAAGAAGAAAAGAAGGAAGAAGAAACAGGAGAUGAUGAAGAAUCUGCUGCCGUCAAGAAUGAGGAGGAAGUAGAAUCGCCACUCAAUAACCCAGAUGCAGAGCCUGAUGAAAACAAAGAAGAUGAAGAGGCUCAGAAAGAAGAUGACAAGGAGGACACGGCGCCAGCAGCUACUGUUGAACAGCCAUUGCAAGAGGAAAGCGAGGAAAAUGGAAAGAUUAAGAAGGAAGAAGAGACUGAGGAGGAUUCCGUCAAACGGAUUCGUGGUAUUCCGGAAGAUGUUGAAUUAUUCCAAGUCUUUUGGACUCAAAUUGUGGAGCUUGUCAAGGUGCGACCUGAUUUAUCCAUCCAAGAUUUGACGGCACUGCUUGUUUCCUUGAUUAACUUGUCCUUGUCGUGCUAUCCCACCAAGCUCAACUAUGUGGAUCAAAUUCUUGCCUUUGCUAAGGAAAAGAUGACCGAGUAUUCCGACUCGCCUGAUCUGCAUUCCAAGGCCACUGAAGCAAGCUUAUUGGCCCUGCUGCUUGCCCCUAUCAAUCAGUACACGUCUGUGCUUACCUUGCUGGCUCUAGAAAACUAUCAACUUUUGCUCGCACUCCAGCCGUUCACAACACGGCGGGCUGUUGCACAUGCCGUCAUUUCCAGCGUGCUAAAGAACGAGACAAUCAUUGGUACUCCCGAUGAUGUAUAUGGCGUAUUGGAGCUGUGCCAAGUACUCCUGUGUGACCAGAAGGAUGCACCAGUUGCUACCACCACAGCCGCUUCGCCAACGUAUGCACGUGGCAAGAAGCCUGAGUUCACCAGUAUUGAAGAAGAAGAAUAUGUUGAGGAGCAAGGAUGGAUUGCGAAGAUGGUUCACCUUCUUAGAUCGGACAACGAAGAUACACAAUUCUUGCUUUUGUCCCAAGCGCGAAAACAAUUAGCAAAUGGCGGCGACCGUAUCCGAUUCACGUAUCCAUCGCUUGUCGUCUCCGCCGUCAAAUUGGCAAGACGGUAUCGAUUACAAGAGUCUCAGGAUGAGGUUUGGGAAAAGAAAACAUCAACACUAUUUCGAUUCAUCCACCAAGUCGUUUCCACACUCAACCACAAGUGCGACUCGCCUGACAUUUGCCUGCGUCUAUUCUUGCUUGCAGGACAAAGCGCUGACGAAAGCCGCUUUGAAGAAAUCGCGUAUGAAUUCUUUGUGGAAGCAUUUACCAUUUACGAAGAGGCUAUUUCCGAGUCCCGUGCCCAAUUUCAAGCAAUCAUCAGCAUUGUCGGUGCUCUGCAACAAACGCGUGUUUUCUCAGCAGACAAUUAUGACACAUUGAUUACGAAGGCGGCACUGCAUAGUGCUAAAUUAUUGAAAAAGCCAGAUCAGUGCCGUGCUGUAUACCUUUCAUCGCACCUGUGGUGGAUGACGGAACGAUCAGAAGAUGAUGAUAGAGAGCAGCUGUUCAGAAACGGCAAGCGUGCUCUUGAAUGUUUGCAAAAGGCGCUCAAGAUAGCUGACAGCUGUAUGGAUGCGGCAACAAAUGUGGAACUGUUUGUCGAAAUAUUGAACCAAUACAUUUAUUAUUUCGAACGUGGCAAUGAUGCGGUAACGCCAAAGUACCUCAAUGGCCUUAUCGACUUAAUUAACACUAACCUCAGCAACAUGGAUAACCCGGACCAGCAUCCUCCCGCUGCCAAUUCAUCAUCCCUCGUCGAGCACAAUGGCCAAGUAGCCGAGUAUGCACACCGACAUUUCCGCGCUACACUGGCACAUUUGCAGCAACGAAAAGCUGGAUCCUCAAGUAAUGAAUGGGAGGGUGCAAAAUACAGUGAGAUUGAUGCAGGCGACUUGUAA